AUCAAUUUUACCUCUAACAUCUUAUUGAAAAAAUUAAAUAUUAAUUUAUAUUUUUUUAUUUCAUUUCAUCCUUAUAAAAGCUAGUUCAACAACUAAUUUUACCGAACACCGUAAAUUCAAUCAUUCCUGCAAAUCAGAUACCUUAUUCGCAGUAAACCUAGUAGUAAUCUAAAACUUACGAAAUCGUAAAAUCCGUUACUAUAUAACUUCAAUUUUCAUUCUUCAAGCACAUUUUGCAACAAUGGCUUCCACCAACAAGAAGCUCAAAGAGGAGCUGUUAGAAGCUGGGAACAAGCUCUUCGAUCCUCCUUCUUCCGUCGAUCACCUACUUCGUCUUCUAUCUCAAGUUGGAAGGUGCCUAUCAAGGGUUCAUCAGUCACCUACUAAAUCUAUGCAAAAUGCACUCUCUCCUUCUUUGAAAGCAUUAAUUGCUGACAAACUUAUGAAGCAUUCAGAUGUUGAUGUCAAAGUUGCAGUUGCAUCCUGCUUAAUUGAGUUAACAAGAAUCACUGCACCUGAUGCUCCUUACGAUGAUCGCCAAAUGAUGGAGGUCCUUAGAUUAAUUGUAUCUUCAUUUGAAAAUCUACAUGAUAAGUCAAGCCGAUGGUAUGCACAGAGGAUCUUGAUACUUGAAGUAUUUGCAAAAGUCAAGUUAUUUGUGGUAAUGCUGGAUCUUGAAUGUGAUGCCCUCAUUGCGGAGAUGUUUCAGCAUUUCUUUAAGACAAUAAGGGAACAUCAUCCAGAAAAUGUUUUCUCAUCCAUGAAAACCAUAAUAGUCAAUGUUCUUGAAGAAUGUGAAGAUAUAUCCCUUGACUUACUCUCUCCAAUCUCAGAUAGUCUAAACAGAGACAAUGAGGUAGUUUCGCCAAUCGCUCGAAAGUUGGGGGAAAGUAUUCUUCAAAGUUGUCCAACAACGCUUAAACCUUAUUUAAGGGAAGUUACUAUGUUUUCAGUAGCACACUAUAGAGCCGCUGCAGCAGCGUAGCGUGGUGAUGAGACCCUCCACUGCCGCAACAUAGGGCCGGGAAGCGCCAGUGAGAGAAGUGGUCAUAGCGGCCACGAAAAGCGGUUGAGCAUGAAAUUUUUGUGCCAAAUUAGUUUUUAUCUUUAAUAAUUUUUACAAGGUAACUUCAUACAUGUAUGUUCAUAUUAGCAUGACUUCCAUAGUUACAAAUAAAUUGAUUAGUUGUUGAAACUUUACCUAUUUUUGAUUAGCAUGACUUCCAUUUCCAUAGUUACAAA